AUGAUGAAGUCAAUCAUUAUCGUUUUGAUUGCUUUGGCUACAUUGGCCAACGCUUACUACUUGGAGUAUGAGAAGGUAAGACUGGUGGACCACACCCCAGUUCUGUCCAAUGGUCACACCAACUACCUCUUCAGAGGCAAUGAGCCAAAGAUCGCUGUCCAUGGCCAGGAUGAGUUUGCCUACGACGAGUUGGUUGAGUACAUGAGAAACGUUUCAAAGGCUGACGGUGUUAUCAUGCCAGAGCAAUUCUUGAUCUAUGAUAUCAAACUGAUCUAUGGUGUGGCUGAGGAGAUGGCCGAUGUCCACCUCGAGCAAUGGUACUUUGGCAACAACACCGAUCACGGAAUGUUUGCCAUCAACAUCACCCUCGGUGACAUCACCAACCCAAAGGAUAUCAGCAAGACUCUCCGUGACAGCAUGGCCAAGACACUCCCAGACUGGCAGAAGGAUGAUUUGCCAAGCAGAAUGGCAAUGUACCGCGACAUCCUAUACACUCCAUAUGAUCUCCCAAUCGCUCUUUACAUUCAUUGUGAGUGUGGUUGUGAUAGAACUGGAGAGGUGUUUGCCUCGUACGUCAUGAAGUACUUGGGCUGGGACUACAAGAAGGCUAUGGAGUGGGAUGAUCAGGUUGCUGGUCGUCCAAUCCUCCCCAACCAUCAAUGGUCGGUCCAAUGGUACUGCCUCUACCUCUCACUCGGUGAGAAGAUGAACAUUGAUUGCACUGGUGCCUAUUAA